GAGUGUGCGUGCGGCUCAUUGAAAUUCACCCGGUGUCGCUGGCUCGGUGAUACUGCCAACGCUCGCAAGCCGACCGAGCGUAAGGGAAAUCUAAGCGCCGCUUCCAUGUCGUACGAACAUGGAAAAAAACGAUCUACAUCUUUUCCGUGUUGAGUGCUUAGCAGCGCAUAACUUUUACCGAGCCUUGCACGGUACCACACCUCUAGUAUGGUCGAGCAAACUUGCGGAUGGCGCGCAAACAUGGGCCGAGAAACUCGCCGCGUCCGACUCCUUAACGUACAGUCAUGAACGAGGCAUCGCGGAAAACAUUGCUUGUCUAUGGGGCUCGGAAUUGACAGGAAAUAAAGUGGUACAAAUAUGGUACGAAGAGGAGAAGUUGUACAAUUAUUCGGAUCCGAAGAUUACUCCCGAGACUCGCCCAUUUUGUCAAGUUGUCUGGGCUGGUACUCGCGAGCUUGGAGUAGGAAAAUCAAACACGAAAAAUGGGAAACAGGUUGUCGUCGCUAGAUACUCCCCACCUCUUGCUAAGCACGAAGCAGCGAAGAAUAUUCGGGUGCCGAAGCUAAACCAAGCGGACGGAUCACCAUUGACUGAAAUUCUCAUCAAUCGGGAAACCCUUGGUCUUCGAAAAUUCCAAGAAGAAUGUUUGUUCUCUCACAACAUGUACCGUUCGCGCCACGGUGCCCCUUUUCUCCGUUGGUCUCCCCCGCUUGCUUGGGCCGCGCAGCAGUGGGCCGAGGAGCUAGUGCGCAUGGGCGAGCUCAAGCACAAUGACGAUGAGAUGGUGGGUGAGAAUUUGGCGGGAAUGGUGGGAGACGAGCUGACGGGCAUGGAGGCGACGUGUAUGUGGUACGAAGAGGUGGAGGACUAUGACUUUAGUAACCCUGGGUACAGUGAAGACACCUCCAACUUCACACAGGUUAUUUGGGUCGGUAGCGAGCUACUUGGAGUAGGACGCGCCACGCUCGGUGACCUAUGUGUCGUGGUAGCUUUCUAUGAGCCGCCUGGGAACAUGGAGGAUUUCUUCCAAAAGAAUGUGCUAAGGGAGGGGACCCGAGUGAAGGAACUGAAAACCCGGCGAGAAGCCAAGCUAUUCAUCCCGCCCUCUCCAGGCUUAGACACUUUCCGUCUCGAGUGCCUGGUUGCGCAUAACUAUUACCGUGCACGUCAUGGCGUGCCUCCGCUAGUGACGUCACACGUGCUUAGCGAGGAAGCGCAGUACUGGGCCGAGCGGCUGCUGGUGACCGGGACAACUGAGGAUUUGCAUAACUCGCGGAUUGGCAUCAAUGUAGCAACAGUGGACCGUGGCCACGUCAGUGGAGUAAAGGUUUCGGAUACCUGGUACAAUGAGGUAUUCACGUACGAUUUCGAGGCGCCCGGGUUCAGCCCAAGCACUCGCAGCUUCACGCAGCUUGUGUGGCUCAGCAGUAAGAAGUUAGGCGUCGGCAAGGCGACUAAUCUGCAGGGGCAGUCGGUAGUGGUAGCUAGGUAUGAACCUGUCGGAAAUAUAGACGGGCUGUUCGUGCCGAACGUCAAACGCCGAGGGCACGAACGAAACAGCUGUGAGCCUGCGGUGUUUGAAUGCAACGUGCGGUAUCGCAUCAAAGUGGGUGGCCGCAGGAGCCUGCGUAUGAGCUGGGAAAGCGAAGUGACCCAAAUACUGCAGAUCCCCGAGAAAGAGCCGAAGGAAGAUGGUACCAGGCGCGGGCUAAUAUCGGAGCAUGCUCUACUGCCAGCUUACUGUACACCACCCGACACAUUGCCCUUCACCAGGCUUGUGUGGAUCGAGAGCCCAGUCCUACCGCGCAAAGAGGUACAGUCCCUUGCGGCCAUCUCGGACGAGGAGGACAAGGAGUCUGGGGUCGAGGAGGGCGAGGAGGAAGAGAUAGAGCCAGAAAUACACUUCACGGUGGUGCACGUCUCACCUCCCCCACCGGAAGUAGAAUUGCAUGUAGAACAAGUGAUCGUCUUCUGUGAACCCGCGCAACUUACAACACCUGAUGUGCGCAGGCCCCUAUCCCUCGACUCCGAAGGUACAGAGCCAGAGCAGCACGAAGGACACGUCUUAUCUAAGGUAGCAUUUUUCGAGCAACAAGCCCAAAGCAAACCGCAAGUAAAAACCACGCGCGUAUCUGUGGAGAGUAAGACCAAGGUGGAGAUUGUAGAGAAGGCCACGCAACCCGCUGAGCCGGAUUGGAAGCCUGCUGAACCGGAUCUGAAACACGAACCAGAUCACAAGCCGGUUGAACCGGAUCAUACAGCAGAUGAGCCAGGAUGUCAAUUGGAGUUUGAUGAUGUGUUCCCUGAGCAUGAUGAGGAGACUUUCCCUUCUGAGGAGGAGGAGGAGGAAGAAGAUGAGGUUAGCUUGGAGACCGUCUCGGAAGCGGAAGAAGGUCUACUUGACGAGGCCGAUGAGUACGCGAUGGACCACCAUGUCACCGCUUACACCUACGAGCAAGAUUACUUAGCUGAGCAACAUGAAAGAAAGACUAUCGAAAUUAUGGAAGCGAAGGCUACGGAUAUUUGCGUUCCUCAGACCAUCGACAGAAAUUCUAUGGUUCAGGAAUAUUUGGACAAUAUUAAGGAAGUAGAGCUAGUUCCAAUGGAAAGAGAUACUCCUGAUGAAAUACGUAUCGAGGGAGAUGUUGAUAUAGAUACGGGUGAAAAUGUAUACCUAAAACAUGUGGAGGGUAAAGAACAUCUAGGGCAUCCCUGUGACGAGGAGGAACUUCUUGAAACUAGAAAUGUACGGGAGGAUAAGGAACUUGAUGAUAAUGAAAUGGUGCAAUAUCUAGAAAAAACUGAUGUUAUUACGGAUACUGUGCGUGAUGAAAUAGCUAUUCAAGAAAUGCAUGAGACUAGGGAUGUUAUUAAAUUGGAGGGGGACUCGAAAUCUGAGAAAAGACAACCUCUAAUGGAAGAGGAAGUGGCAACCGUUCGACCUCAAUUGGAAGAGGAUGUUGAAAAAGUCAAAAAAGAGCAACCUCAACCGGAAGAGGAAUUCAAAACAGAGCAACCUCAACCGGAAGAGAAAUUCAAAACAGAGCAACCUCAACCGAAAGAGGAAGUCAAAAUAGAGCAACCUCAACCGGAAGAGGAGUUCAAAAUAGAGCAACCUCAACCGAAAGAGGAAGUCAAAAUAGAGCAACCACAACCGGAAGAGGAAUUCAAAAUAGAGCAACCUCAACCAAAAGAGGUGGUCAAAAUAGAGCAACCUCAGCCGGAAGAGGAAGUCAGAAUAGAGCAACCUCAACCGAAAGAGGAAGUCAAAAUAGAGCAACCUCAGCCGAAAGAGGAAGUCAGAAUAGAACAACCUCAACCGGAGGAGGAAGUCAAAAUAGAGCAACCUCAGCCGAAAGAGGAAGUCAGAAUAGAGCAACCUCAACCGGAAGAGGAAGUCAGAAUAGAGCAACCUCAACUGGAAGAGGUGACGCAUACAGAGCAUCUUCGACCGGAAAAGGAACCGGUUCUUGAGGAGUGGUCUGAUGAAGAAUUAGAAACUAUAACUGUUUUAGAAAUUAAUAGAGACAAAAAGGUUUCACAUAUUAUGAAAAGACUUACUAAGCAAUUACAACUUGUUCCAGUUGACGAAAAGCCUAAAAGUAAACCAAGUGAAAUUUCUGCUUUUACGGAAUCCGAGGAAAAGUUAUUAACUCUGCUAUAUGCUCCACCUGAACGGCAAAGAUCGACGCGUAGUGAACCCCUAGCUUGCGAAGAAGAAAUUCAAGCAACGGUGAAACCGACAGUUGAGACUGAGUUAAGCUGGGACGAAAUGUUUGAAAGGCUUGACAGACCGCUGCAAUGGGAGAAAGUAGAUGACACAGAGGCUCCAGAUACCAAAGGCGAUAAAGAGCUGCCCAAGGUUCAAGAUGACGUUCUUGUACUACAUGAGUCUGUGAAUGCCGAGGUGCACAAAAUAGUGGAACAUGAUAAAUCAGAGAUAUACAUGGAUACAGCUAUGGAAGCAGAGGAGGAACCAAUGGGAGAGAGAGUGAUGGAAAGCGAAGAAAGGAGAUAUAAGAAAGGUCAAGACGAAGCAGAAGAUGAACUUAAGGAAGAAAGAGGAUUGGUAAGCAAGGAAGAGGAGUCUAAAGUUCACGAAGAGAGCCCUACAGAAGCAGAAGAAGAAGAGGAGGAGGUUGCUGAGGAUAAUCAUAGUACUGAUGACGAAUGCGGGGAGUACAACGUUCUCCAGGAAUCUGAGGAAAGCCCUGACAAGCUUGAAGAGAGUGAAGAGGAGCGGUCAAGUGGCUCAGACGGGGAGCGCGGUUCAUAUACUGUUAAUCAAGUCGAUGGGGAAGAAGAGGAGGAAGAAGAAGAGGAGGAGGAAGAAGACAGUUAUGAGGAUGAAUACACAGAAAUUCUCCAGCGCCGUAGAGUAGUCAGCUUCAAUGAGGAAGUGACUGUGCAGGAGGCUUUCUACCCCGAGCCUUAUGAAGUAUGCGAGGAAGGCUCUGACGAGUGCGAGGAAGAACUAACACAGGAAUUCGAGGAGCCGGGUGAAGCAACAGUGAAGGACUUGCAACCAGAAUCAGCAGGAAGUCCUCUUUGCUUUGCACAUGAGGCAGAUAACGGCGCUGUUCAGGAUACAUGUGAACCUGUGGACGAGAUUACUGAACAUGGCAGAGCAGAGAGCAUCGAUGAAGUGACGCCAGCGACAUACGAACCGGAACUCAACGGAGUCAAAUCAAAAGUUCAUGUCUGCAGUGAGUUUCUAGAGUCACCAGCUGAAGAUGUAAAGACGGAUUUCGAGGCUACGAGUUUAGAAGCUGAAGUCUUUGAAGAGUAUAAACCUACUGCUAAGGAUGUAAAGGAGUCUGCUAGUUCGACGGUUCAUUUGGCUGCUGACAUUGAAAUUUCUCCAACUGAAAUGAAAGCUGAGGAAGAAGCUACCUCGUUUGACGCGUAUGACAGCUACGAGGAUCUUUCUUCGUCCGCAUCAUCAUUGCCUCUUCAGAAGCCUUCGAGCUUUAGUGUAGCCGCUGAGAUACAAGAAAUCAGCCAGGAGGGACUCGUGGAGGAUGUACAUCCAUCUCAGGUUGAUGACUUUGAAGAGCAGCAGCCUACGGUUAUUCACAGUACUACGCAAUCUACCGUUUGCGUCACAACUGAAAUGACAAACCGUGAGGUUGUUGAACAGGUAGAAGGACGACCUGCCUCCAUCGCCUUUGACGAUUUGGUCAACGUAGAAGCAGAUGAGGAGUACAAUGCGAGGGAAAUACAGGUGAAAAAUGAUUCUAGUGUGCUGCACAUAUCCCACGAAGUCUCUGAUAUCACAGCAGAUGAGACUUGUAAAGAACCCUCUGAGAAUGCUACUGAUGCUGCUGAAGACUUAAUCCAAGACGAAGUAUCUUCUGUUGUUGAACUCUCCUCUGAAGAAACCAAGUCCUUCGGUGUUUCUGAAGGGUUAGAAGAGAACGAGCAGAAAGUUGAAGUUGCUGAGGAGAGCAGGAGUGAAGCCGAAGAGGUUUCGGAUGAGGCUUUUUCAGUUGUUGAACUUCGUACAGAAGCAUCGGCAUCGCUCGGGAUUUCUGAAGAGGCAAAAGAAGCAAAAGAGGAGAUGGCAGAAAUCGAAAAAGCUAGUCAAAUUGAUCAAGCUGAAGAUUUCCCGAAUGAGGAUGAAGUCCCUGCGGUCAUUGAUCUUUUGCCUGAAAAUUCAUCCGCUUUCGGGAUUUCGGAGGAGAAAAUAGACGGCAUUCAAGAAGCGAAGGAAAGUGAAGAAAUAGUCAGUUCAGGAGAAACUGAGGAAAUUGAAGACGAAGACACUCCUGUUGUUGUUGACAUUUUGUCAGAGGACACCUCAGCACUUGGGAUCUCUGAAGAGAGAGACGAAGAGGAAAUAGAGCAACAGAAGAAAGUUGUAGUAGCAGAAGUAACAGAGGUCGAAGAAGAAGAAGAAGAGGUCCUGGCCGUCGCUCAAGUCUCUUCAGAAGACACUACAGCACUUGGAAUCUGUGAGGAAAGAAAGGAAUCCGAAGAAGUAGUUGACAUCCAGGACUCGGUUGAAUCUGAAGAAAAGGAGGUUGAAGAGGUGCCUACUGUUGCUGAGAUUCCGCCAGAGGACACCUUUGCACUUGGAAUCUCCGCGGAAAUAGAGCAAGAGACUGAGGAAACUGUAGAGGAACACGAAGAAGUUGUCGAGUCGGAAGAAGUUGAGGAAGAAGAGGCACCUGCUGUUGUUGUAGCUCUUUCAGAAGAAGCCUCGGCACUGGGAAUCUCCGAAGAAAUAGAGAAAGAGACUGAGGAAACAGUAGAGCAACAUGAAGAAGUUGUCGAGUCGGAAGCAGGUGAGAAAGUUGAGGAAGAAGAGGUACCAGCUGUUGUUGUAGCUCUUUCAGAAGAAGCCUCGGCACUGGGAAUCUCCGAAGAAAUAGAGAAAGAGACUGAGGAAACAGUAGAGGAACAUGAAGAAGAUUUCGAGUCAGAAGAAGGUGAGGAAGUUGAGGAAGAAGAAGCACCUGCUGUUGUUGUAGCUCUUUCAGAAAAAGCCUCGGUACUGGGAAUCUCCGAAGAAAGAGAGGAGACUGAAGAAACAGUAGAGGAACAUGAAGAAGUUGUGGAGUCGGAAGAAGGUAAGAAAGUUGAGGAAGAAGGGGUACCUACCGUUGCUGGAGCUCCGUCAGAAGAAGCCUCGGCACUUGGAAUCUCAGAGGAAAGAGAACAAGAGACCGAAGAACUCGAAGAGCACAAGGAAGUAGUUGAAUCUGAAGAAACUGAAAUGGCCGAGGAGGAAGAGGUUCCUGCUUUUGCUGAUAUUCCGUCAGAGGACACUGCAACACUUGGAAUCACAGAAGAACGUGAAGUGAAGAGUGACGAAGUAGCUGAAUGUGAAGAAGUAUUCGAGUCUGAAAAGACUGAGUCAUUUAACAACGAGGAUACCUUUGCAGUCACAAACACUCCAGAACCUUUGCCUCAGCCGGUGCACAUCACCGAAGAGACGAGAAUCACUACUCACGAGUCGAAGAAACACGAUGAGGACUUUGAGCAAGAAAAGUCUGUAACCGUGAUCGAACAUACAGCUAUAACUGAAACAGCAUAUUUAAAGCCGAUUUGUGUCGCGGACGCAGAGAGAGAAGAUUCUUUGUUUAUUGAAGAUAAAACCGACAGAAUUCCGAUUGAAGAAACCAGAGAAAUAGACGAGGAGGUCGCAAGUGCAAGUGAAAAAGACGAGGGGGUAUAUACUACUACCUUCAUUGGAGGCAUGGACGUGGAGGACAGUGAGUAUGCAGUAAAGGAAGAACAGGAAAUUUAUAAGUUAGAGCAUGUAGAAGAUACCCAAGACGAAGCAUUUAAAACCACUCAUGAACGCGAACAGGUUGAACCCUCUCUCAUAAUCAUUGCAGCGGAAGACACAAAAGAACACGAGCCAGCGGAUUCAAGGGGAGAAGAAGAAACAUUGGAUAUAGAAGUUGCCCAUACUCUUGAAGAAGAUCAAAUGAUUGUUGUCCAAGAAACAAUUUCCGGGAGACCGUCAUCACCUUUAUGCAUUGCGUCUGAGAAACUGAGAGAGAGCGGUAAGCUGCUAGUCGAUGUGUCCACACCAGAAGGAAAUUCUGCAGCUGAAGUUGAAGAGCAUGAGCCCAUUCAACAAGUCGUGCCUCUCCAGGAACCCGCCUUAAUCAAUAUCAUAGAUGAAGAACAGUUGGAGAGUAACGAAUUAGAAGAUUCUUAUGAGAAAUUCGACAGCAUCGUUGGCUUAGAAGAAGUAGCUGAUACCCCUUUAGACGACGCCGGUGAUCAAAGGGAUUAUAUCAGCGAAGAAGAGCUAGAAGAAAAGGAAGAACUUUACCUAGAGUCGUUCGAAGCUAAAGAAGAGGAAGAGUGCAGUAGCGUGCACGUGCAAAAGAGCACUGCUGCCACCAUUUACAUCGCAGAGCGGGACGAACAUGAAAAUACUACCCAGGAUGAUCCCGAAGAGAGUUACGAUAGUGAGGCAAUAAGGGAGAUAGAGGACGAUCUCGCAGAGGCCCUUGUUGUUAAAAAAAGCUUUUCAUCCACAGUCUAUGAUGCACCAGAGGAACAGGAAGAUGAAAUCGAGGAUGAGCUUGAAGAGGAAGAUUUUAAAGAGGAGGAAAUCAAUUUAGUUGAGUUUGACGAUGAGGACCUGCUAACCACGCAUAAGAUCAUAGAAUAUCGCGCUUCUCCUUUUGAGUUAGCCGACAAAAAUGAUGCUGACAAUGAGCAAUCAUCACAUGAUGAUGAAACUGAAGACAGUCCUAGGGAGGUUCUACCCGAUUUUACUAGCCAACUAGAUGAGGAGCUAAGUGACAUUGAAGAGAAGCCUCUUGCUUGCUCGACACCUAUUCGUGAUGACUUAAGUGACGACGGUCGUCUCUUUAUCGAAGAAAAAAAAAGUCAAGCAGAAUUUGGAGAAGAUUAUGAUGCUCUUGCCAAAAUCGUUGGGCACGAGAGUUCGCCUGAUGUAUCCCACGUGUUACAGGAAUCAUCGGAGUUAAGUCAUGACGAAGGUUUCCAGCAAGUUGAGGCUGAUUUGGUUGCAACAAAAGCAGUAGCUGAUGAAUCUGGUGAUUUUGCCGAGAUGUCUUCUGAAAGUGUUGUAGAGGUAGUAAACCAUGAGGAAGAUAUUACUGAGGACCGAAAAGAUGUCGACGGCGCCUUGCAGCUGGAGGAGAGAGAACCAACGAAAGGUGAAGUUUCUGAGAAAAGAACAGAAACAUAUUCUUCUGAUGAUGGCUUCCGUACUACUACCAUUACUACUACCACAGUGAAGACGACGAGGAGGAUUAUUUCAACAACAAUGGACAAAAAAGGGCCUCUGGAUACAGACGAGCCUUCAGUCGAAUCGUCUCCAUCGCAGAGAGACGACCUAUACACCUAUGAUUCCCCUCUUAGUCCGCCGCCCGUCAUCACAGCCACCGAAUUCGUUGCAGAUGAAGAGAAAGAAGGCUCAGAUGAGGAGUACAUUCCACAUUUUGAAACUCCUCGGAUAUACUUCCAAGCUGAUAAAGAGGUGCUGGUAGAUACAUCAGUGGAGGAGCAUGCUACUCUAGAAGGCGAAGCCGAGGAUAUUGAAGAGAAACCUGUACCAGACGUUGAGCCCCCAUCUGUAUUCUCUGAAUCUUCCGAGACGUCAACAGUUCAAGAGGUUUUUGUACCGCUGCGAGAUCACAGCGAAAAAGAUCGCGAAGAGACUACUGUUAUAUCGAAGUCUACGUUAAUCCACAAAGUAAAUGUCGACGCUACUGAGGUGCGUAGCCUGGAAGAGGAUAGCGAAGAAUAUAUAGAAGAACAAGAAGAAAAAGAGUUACUUGAAAGGAAAAGGCGAGCAUCCGAGGAGGAGCUGAUGCAAGGAGAGAUUGAGGUUAAAAGUGACGAACAAGAGAUUUCAGAAUCUUCGACAGGCGAUGUUCAGUUUUACCCUAGACCUCUUAUCCACAAGAAAGCAGCUACAGUUGAGAGUGAAGAAGAACGUGUCUAUACUGAAGCGACAGAGCACUUAGUGGAAGAUGAGGCCAAGCUGGACAGCUCACUUGAGAGUCGAUCAUUUGAAGAAGAAGUCGAAGAGAUGGAGGUUGAUGAAGCCCUUUCCGAGUCGGCGUUCAGAGCGCAAAGUCCACGAGAGACAGCUAGUCCGCCUGACCUAAAGAAAGACGAAGAAGACAAGGCCGUUAUUGCGGCCAUGCCGAGUCCUAUCACUGAACCCGAAAGAAAGGUUUACAAAGAGGAAUUACCGUCUUAUGAGUCCGCACCCGACAAAAUGGACAAUGGUCAGGAGGAAAUGCUCGAUGAAAUUGAGGCUGCAACCGCGGAAAAAACUGCUGAUGCUGAUGUCUUUAAAACAAAAGAACUACCCGUAGAAGAGUUACAAGAGGAAGUAGAAGUCGAACACGUGGAUGACAAAAUACUUAGCGACCAUGAUGAUAAGACGCCGGCAUCGGAAGAUAUUGAUAACUACGACGAACAUGAAACCCACCAGAAAGAUUCUGAAGAUGAGCACUCUGAAGAUGAACCUGGAGUGAUUAUCACUGGAGUAUUUUUAGAAGAAGUUGAGGUAAAAAGAUUAUUGGAAGGAGAAAGAGAAGAUGGCCCCAGUUGUGAAGAGGUAGAUGAGGAAAAGGAUAUUAGUGAAGAAGAGCUUCUUGAGGAAGUUGAGGUACAGCGGGUAGAAGAAGGUGCUUCGCACGAUCUCGAAGAUGUCCCGGCUUUGAAAGAAAGCUAUGAAGAAGAAGUUGAGGUUAUGGCUGUUGGCUUGAAACACGAGGAAAGAGUAAAUGACGAAGAAAUAAAAGAAAAAGAUGAGAAGAUCCACCUUGAUGAGGAAAAUAUAAUCCAGGAUCUAGAAGAAACAUUCGAGGAAGAACUAGAAGUAAGUGCGGUGGAAACAAGUAAAAAUGAAGAUGAACGCCGUGGUAAACACGAUGAAGCAGAGGAGCCUGAAAGGUUCGGAGAAGAAGUAGAAAUAGUGGCAAUUCCAACGAGCCAUGACGAACAUCAUCUCGAGGAGGGUGUUGCUGACCGUGAGGCGAGCGAUUCUGACUACUACGAAGAGGAGGUAGACGUAGCUGCGGUAUCAAACAAAGAAGAGCAGCACGGCGAAGACAAAGAAGAGGACACGUUACAAGCAGAACCGGUUGGCGAUGGAGAACCUGACAACGAGCAACCUCGUGAAGGAGAGCCAGUAGAGGCAGAACAUAUCUAUGAUGACAACAAUAACAGCAACGAGGAAGUACCCAGAUAUUAUGUGGACUUCUCUCCAAGUGGUAGCUUCGAGCGGGACUCUGGAGCAAGUGAAGAAGGCGAAAGCUAUCCGGAAGUGUACCAUCAGGGGCAGCCGUUAGAAGAAGACAUGGAGGAGUUUAUCUUGGUAAAAUACGGAGAGCGUUAUGGGUCAUCUGAGGAGGAGGAAGAGGACGAAGACUUAUUAGAUCAUCGAGAAAUGUAUGUCAUUCCCGAGGAAGAUCCCGAUGAUCCGAAUCACCAUCAUCAUCACCAGCAAACUCAGCAACAUGAUGACAACGAAGAAGAAGUCCUCUACUACGAUCAAGGCUUCGAUAACCCUGCCCUUGAGGAUAUAUGCGAGGAGGAAGAAGAGGAAAAAGAUGUGGACGAAUCUGUUGAUGAUAAAGACUUUGAAGAACGGCGUCAACUCGAGGAGUACGAGAGGCUGGAAUCAUUCGUGUUGUUGGAGGAAAAACUAAGUCAAGUUGAGUCUGAUGAGAGUAUGGAAGAGCUCACAAGUGGAAGUAAUAGAUACUCCAGUGAGGGUACCUUGAAUGACGAAGAGCUUGAUGAGACAAUGACAUCCGGCGCGUUAAAAGAGGAACUCCAGGGAGAUCAGGAGAAAGAAGAUGAAUAUGUUAGUGACGACCAACAUGUUGAAGGAGAUAGCGAAGAGUCGCACGUUUGCAAGGGUACCUUAUCCAUUAUCUUGAAAGAGGACCAUCAGGUUGAACAAGGGGAAGAAAAGGAGACCGAAGAACGCCACGAAUUUGAGAAGGAAGAAGAGGUAAACCAUCGGGAGAUAGAGGAAUUUAAAAACCAAAAUGUGGGCGUUGAACCGUUUGGGACCGUUAUUACCGAGUACUCGACACACGAUACAGAGGACGGGGGAGUCAUGAGCAAGAUGGUGACAAACCAAACCAGGAUGGAAGCCUUUGAGGAUGUCCACACGAGUGAUGAUGGCACUGUUACAUCAACAUCCAGGAGGGUUGUUAAACAAAGUGUGGUGACUUCCAGAAGUGUUACCACCUCGUCCACUUUACAGGGCUUCCCUCCGGAAAUGCGAUUGGAAGAAAUGCAACCGCAGAUGAGAUUACAGCAAUAUCCAGGGGAAAUGGAAACGGUAACCUAUGAGGUAACACCGGAAGAGAGAGUGACCAGAAGGGUUGUAACUACUAAGACUUAUGCUAAUAGUACUGCAGUUCAUGAGUUCCCACCAGAAAUGAAAGUUGUUGAGCUACCACCAGAAAUUGAAGAGAUGACACCUGAGGAAACAGAAGAUGUGAAUGAAAACCGAAUCAAACCAGGCGACGAAAAAAUCCCGAGCAUGCGCACUGAGAUCAAGAGCAGGGUGACCGGAAGUGAACAUGAAGAACUGUCAGAAUUUCGGAAGCUGAAGCAUCUAAAAGGUCACGUGAGAUCCGUUGAGUCGGAGAGCGAGGGUCACUGUUCUGAAGUCAGCUCCACGACGUCAUCGGCUGAAGAUCAUUCAAGCGAAGAUCACGGCUCGGACGAACACUUGUCGGGUCUGGACGACUUUGAAAGAGAUUGUUUUCGUCAGCACAACAUCUACCGACACCAGCACAGGGCGUGCAGGCUACUGUGGUCAGCCGACCUUGCAUCGGACGCGGCAGAAUGGGCCGAGCACCUGGCCAGUACGAAUAGACUCGAGCACAGUCCUCAGAAGGAAUGCGGUGAGAACCUCGCAUGCGCAGGCGGGUAUGAUCUUCGCGGUGACAAGGCGGCCGAGAUGUGGUAUGAUGAAGUCAAAGAUUAUAACUUCGAAACCCUGGCUUACAAUGCAAAGUGCGGGCACUUCACGCAACUCGUGUGGCGAGGGACCAAAGAGAUCGGGGUCGCCAAGAGGGUCUCUGCUGACGGGACGCAAUUCGUGGUCGCGAGGUAUCACCCGCCUGGAAAUGUCCUCGGGGAGUUUAAGGAGAAUAUCAAGCGUGCGAAGGGACAAAGGGCAAGUGUGAGGAAAAGGCGGAGAUCAAGUGCGAGACGACGGUCGAGUCAGUCCUCAGAGGUGGAUGAUAUUGUGUAUCAGAGGGAGAAGUUCAAAAGCGAGUGUGUAAUAAGUCAUAACUACUACCGCUCACUGCACGACGCACCGCCCCUCAACUGGUCCCCCAUGCUGGCCGCCGAGGCCCAAAACUGGGCAGAGAAGCUGGCACGUAGCGGUUCCUUCAGGCGGAGCGGAGACAAGGACCGAGGCGAGAACCUCGCCUUCGCAUUCGGCCUGGAGCUGUCCGGCAGGGACGCAGUGGACACGUGGUACGAAGAGCUGAUCGAUUAUGACUACGAGUACCCCGGCUUCACCUCCCACACCGGGAACUUCUCCCAGUUGGUAUGGGUGGGGUCACAGGAGUUCGGGAUGGGUAAGGCGGUAGGAGAGGAUGGGUCGUGCGUCGUGGUAGGCAGGUACUAUCCUCCGGGCAACAUCGUGGGACAGUUUCAGGAAAACGUCAAGCCAAAAGGGGCAGGUUACCUUUAAAAAGCAUGUGCGUUAACAAAGCGUAGACUCAAUAAAAGAAUAUAGUGUGUAAAGCAGAUCACUUUUAGUAGACUAUGACUUCAUCGACUAAAGUACACGUGCUAAGAAAUUAUUACAUUGGUUAGUGAUGUUCCAUGCGCAUGCGCAGUGGUAAGGCGUGUGUGAGAAGAUUAUAAACCCACAAAAAAAAAUACGACAAAAGAAUUGACCUCGAUCUCGAAAUAGAGAUGUUGCCCCCUUAAAAGGUCAUUAAUGCAGUCGUAAAGUUAAUUUAUUGAGUUCUCUAAGAAAUAUACUAUGUGAAUGAACGUAACACACAAAAUAUACUUUUAAUCUUAGGAUUAGAAUAAAGUUAUGCGCUGAAUUGUUUUAUAGGCAAAAAUAUUUUAUCAUUUCAAAGAAGAAAAAUCAGGAAGUAACUGAAUGUAAAACAAUUUUUGUCAGUAAGAAUAUGUGAAAAAUAAAUAGGUAUUUUAAUUCAAUACAAAGAGAAGUGUUUUAUCUAUACUGCGAAUAAUAGUGCGCAUUAUAUAAAUAAAGCAACUUUUCUUUUAGUCAUGUGUACGCUUACAUGAAAAACGUCAAGUGUUUUAGGGAAACCUAGGACGUGCACAAUAAAACAUUAGUUAAAGAAAAAAACGCUCCAAUAUGGGAGAAAUUAUCAACAAUGCAAGAAGAUAUCUGUGAAAACCUAGGAAUAAAAUAUAUCUUAAAAUCCAUGUUGCUAAAGUAUCAUAGAUGCUGUUGUUGUUGUUGUUGUUAUUGACAUUCAUUCUUUUGUUGCUGUAGUUAGAUGGGAAUUAACUUAUUUGUACGGUGCCAUCAGAAUUUGUAAAUACGAGUUUGUCAUAAUCAUUUUAUUCCUAGUUUUUCAAAGCUGUUGCUCUCAAGCCUUGUAUGGGUUGUGUUACAUUUGAAAUGAAUUAGUGCUGAAAUUAAACACAUAUUGAAAUCGA